AUGGCGUGUUACCUGGAAAAGGUCAGAAACCAGGCUCUUUACCUGGCCACCUACAAGGGCCUAUACAAGGACCCCUACCAGGACAAAUACCAGGUCAACUACGAGGGGCACUACCAGGACAGCUCCAAGGAGAACAACACGGUGACGGAAAUAAACGCGAAUGUUGGGGACGUGGCUCACCUGCCGUGCCGCUUCCCACAGCUGUCCACCCUGCACCAGUCCCUUGUAUCUUCCUUCUAUAGGCGUUCCUGCUCCUACAAGUGUCGUGGAUCAGGAGGACAGACUUUCACAUCCUCACCACGGGCGUCUACACGUACACCACGGACAUGCGCUUCAGUGUGCUGCAUCCUGAAGGCACAGACGAUUGGACGCUGCAGAUCAAGUACGCUGAGGAGAGAGACAACGGGACCUACGAGUGUCAGAUGUACACAGGGACGGGCGUGCUCUCUCAGUUCGUUAAAUCUGCACGUUAAUCGCCCACGUGCAGCCAUCUUGGGGCCGCAGGAGCUUCACGUGCAGGAGGGAGACACCUUUACCCUCGUGUGCGUCAUCCAGCAGGGCAAACCUCCCUUCGUGUUCUGGUACCACGGGGAGAAGAUGGUCAACUACGAUGGCAGCAGGAACCGUCUGAGCGUGAUGACCAAGGUGGAGGGGACGAGGACUCACUCACGACUGACCAUCACAGACGCCAGGAGCUGGGAUUCUGGUAAUUACUCCUGCAUCCCGCCUAACGUGGAGCCUUCCUUCGUCAUCGUCUUCGUCACAGAAGCAGGAGACACCGUGGCGGCAGUACAGCGGCGGGGCCACUCCUCCGCCCCUCCCCUCCUCUACCGCUCCUGCUCCUCCUCCACCUCCGGGCUGCUCCUCGCGGUGGUCGCCAAGGUCGUCCUCACCCACCUGCUCCCCGUCAGAUGAUUCCACGGCCUCGCGAUUUAAAGGGAGUGAAAAUAUCCCUUACCACGAUGAGAGAGAGAGAGAGAGAGAGAGAGAGAGAGAGAGAGAGAGAGAGAGAGAGGAUUGUGGGUCAGCAUUAUUCAUUUGCGACUUUUAACGAACAUUCCAUUAGUCUCCCACGUGCAGGGAAGGACGCACGUAUAUGCAAAUGAUCAUUAUUCCCCGGGCACAACAAGGCACAUGCAUACUUGCAAUGGUAGUGAGCAUGCGUGCUGCACCAACACCACCACCACCGCCAAGAGAACUGUGUGUGUGGUGGCCAUGUAAACACACACACACACACACACACACACACACACACACACACACAUACACACACGUACACUCAUACGUGCACUGUCCACCACAGAAACUAACAUGGAAUACAAGCAGGAAAUCCAAGAGAAAGAGGAGGAGGAGGAGGAGGAGGAGGAGGAGGAGGAGGAGGAGGAGGAGGAGGAGGAGGAGGAGGAGGAGCAGGAAGAGAAAGAAGAGGACGAAGAAGAAAAUUUACCUGCUUCUUGGUGUAUCGGGAUUAUUGACAGCUAGAGAACAGAAAGAGAAAAAUCAAAGAGGAGACAAGAAAUUCUGUAUCUCUCUCUCUUUCUCUCUCUACAGCACGGUCGAGGAAACCAUAAGAAGACGGAAACAAUGUUGAAACUUCUUCGCUUCUGUAACGAAUUCGACUCCAGUGGAAAACGAAACCAAGGAAAUAUCGAGAAACUUGAAUGGAAAAAGCUAAAAAAAAAAAAAAAAAUACAGAUGUGUGUAGAAGAAUGAAUGAUGGCGGAAUCCGUGUUUUCCCUUUUGUUUGUUUUUUUACCUGAACAGACUUGGAGGAAAGAAAGAAAGAAUGAAAAAAAAUAAAGAACAAUAAGAAUGAAACUAAUCCUCCACUCGAGGAAAUACUGGUAAUAUAGAGUUUUCAAGGUGAUGUCCAUUUUCUUUUCCCUAGUGAUACUGAGAAGAAAACGUGGGAGGACUACGAUAAAGUGAUGAAGGGGGAGAGGAAUAUUUUCGGGUGCGUCGAGUGUGCAGUGCUGUAUGACAUUUGUAUGAGCCUUGUGGACGUGUUUCGGCGUCUUGCUUUUGGAAAAUACUUUAGACAGAUUUUUCGCAAUGUGUGUGUGUGUGUGUGUGUGUGUGUGUGUGUGUGUGUAAAUACCAAAUUGACUUUUGUAUCCAGUCUCACGAAUUCCAGAGAAGAAUAAAUGAUGAGAGAGAGAGAGAGAGAGAGAGAGAGAGAGAGAGAGAGAGAGAGAGAGAGAGAGAGAGAGAGAGAGAGAGAGAGAGAGAGAGAGAGAGAGAGAGAGAGAGAGAGAGAGAGAGAGAAUGUAACAGGACCGGAAACCAGACUCAAGUAACACGGCCUUUGAACACCCGCAAAAAAAAUUCUGGCUUAGUUUCUCGCCACCGCAAACAGAGAAUCUUUUAACAAAAAUGUAGUGGAGAUUUUUUUUUUUGGCGAUUCAUUGUAUAGAGAAAUAGGAAACAACGAAGGACAAUCGUAAAAAGAAAAGAAAAAAAAAAGAAAACGGAGAGAGAGAAAUACCGACUAAAAACAUAAAAGCAACGAUGAGGGAUGGAACUGGAAAAAAAAAUCCGUUAUCUGCUUGCGGUGAAAAUAUAUUUGAAAAAAAGAAAAAAAUGUAGUGAAACGAACACGUGACGAAUGUGUGAGAAAAAUAAAUAAUAAAAGAAAGGUGUACAUUUUUUUUUUUUUUGUGUGUUUGUUUAAGGUGCUCUUUUUUUUUUCUGUGACAGUUGGAAAGACACAAGAAAAUCGUGACAAAGUGGAACACGCAACGUUGUGGUUAAUUGCGUUAAGGGAUGUGGCAGAGCUGAUUAUCUUCGUACACGCUUUAAGUGAGACAUUCGCGAAAAAAAAAACAAAGGAAAUAAAAAAAAAACGAAGAAAAUAA